GGGCUGGGGGAUGAACGGAUUGAGACCAGCUCUGGGGAGCAGGACUUGGGGUGCUGGUGGGUGAGAGGCUGAACAUGCUCUGGCUGUGGGCACUGGCCCCCAGAAACCCCCCAUUGUCCUGGGCCCAUCCCCACAGCGUGGGCAGCAGGCAAUGGGGGGAUUCUGCCCCUCUGCUCCUCUCAGGUGAAAUCCCCUGCCCUGCUGCCUCCAGCUCUGGUAUGCUCCAGAGGCUGUCUCCUUUUUCAAACAACCAGCAAGUAAAACAUUAAUUAAUAAACCAUGGGGCCUACCAGAAUGUCUCCCACCAGUGCCAAAACUGGUGCCCUGGAGGCAGGAGGAGCACAGGGGAUCCAGGGGCAGGGUUUAAUGCAGCAACAUCAUGUUUUUAGGACUCUGUUUACCAACUGGGACAGCGCAGACAAGAUGGUCUAUCAAAUCCCUGGCAUUUCAGCUGAAAUGAUGGGUCUCAUCAUCAAUUACGCCUACACUGGGACAGUACCGAUCACAGAGGACAACGUUGAGAGUUUGUUGGCUGCAGCAGAUCAGUUUAAUGUCAUGGGCAUCGUCAGCCUGUGCUGUGAGUUCCUCAGUUCCAGGCUGUGCUUUGAGAAUUGCAUUGGCAUUUGCAGACUCACUGACUAUUACCACUGCCCCGACCUGCGCGCAGCUGCCUGCGUGUACAUCCUGCAUCACUUCGAGGAGGUGUCCCAGGUGUCUGAGGAGUUCCUAGAUCUCUCUGCUGAGGAGCUGGCACACAUCAUUGAGAAGGAUGAGCUUAACGUGAGGCGAGAAGAAGCCGUGUUUGAGGCUGUGCUGAGGUGGAUCGCUCAUGACCCGCAGAACAGGAGGCAGCACAUCGCCUGCUUGCUCAGCAAGGUGGGUGCAGCACAGCUUUGGAGCUGUCCCCAAAAGCUACCGAGGCCAUCAGUAUUAGUACUCCAACCUCCUCCUUGCAUGUUUCAGGUUCGACUGGCACUCCUACAAUCCGACUACUUCAUGAACAACGUCAAAGCUCACGAGUACGUGAAAGACAACGCCAACUGCAAAGAUCUCAUCAUCAGUGCCCUGUCCGAAAUCUACGACCUGAACUCCUACGGCCAGAGCUCCUCAGUCAAUGCCAACCCGCUCACCCGGCCGCGCCUGCCCUACGCCAUCCUCUUUGCCAUCGGGGGCUGGAGCGGGGGCGGCGCCACCAGCGCCAUCGAGACCUACGACGGCCGCACGGACAAGUGGCUGAACAUCCCCUGGGAGCAAGAGAGCCCCGUUGCCUAUCACGGCUCGGCUUAUUUGAAAGGCCACGUCUACGUUAUCGGUGGAUUCGAUGGCACAGAUUAUUUCAACAUCGUCAAAAGGUUUGAUCCACUGCAGAAGACAUGGCAGCAGGUAGCACCCAUGCACUCGCGGCGCUGCUACGUCAGCGUCACCGUUGUGGACAACUUCAUCUAUGCCAUGGGAGGGUUUGAUGGGUACAUGCGGCUCAACACAGCGGAGCGCUAUGACCCAGACACCAACCAGUGGACCCUGAUCACCCCCAUGCACGAGCAGAGGAGCGACGCCAGCGCAACCACGCUGAAUGGAAAGGUAAACUAACCCCAGAGAAGAGCAGUUGGGG